AUUCAUAUCUUGAUGAGUUGGGUGCGAUCUCUCUUGUGGGGAUGCAAUGCAACAAAACCCCCCAAAAGUAGCGCAUUUGCACAUUACAAUGCUAUGUCUAAAGAUCAACUUGUCAAACGAGUACUUGCUCUUGAGAGUCAAAUGACACAACCCCUACCAGAUACUCAUUACCCAUAUAAACAAAAAAAUAAACCAGGGCGUCCGUUUGACAUGAAUAAAUACGGACAGAGACGAGUGGCCUUCAAGGUCGCGUACCUUGGCUGGAACUACCUUGGAUUUGCAUCUCAGAAUGACCCCAUUACCACUCCCACUGUGGAAGACGAACUCUUCAAAGCAUUCAAAGCAGCUUGUCUGAUGCAUCCCACACCUGAAAAAGCUCAAUUUUCUCGAUGUGGACGAACUGAUCGAGGUGUGAGUGGACUAGGACAAGUGAUUUCAUUAAAUGUACGGAGCACAAUGGCCAAUGGCAAGGAGAUUCCUUACCUCGAGACAAUCAAUCGACUUUUACCAGAUGAUAUCCGAGUGCUAGCCUGGGCUCCUGUCUCAGACACUUUUAAUGCUCGCUUUGAUUGUCGUUCCAGAACGUACAAAUAUUUCUUCCCAAAGCACACUUUAAAUAUUGAGCGCAUGAAAGAGACGGCAUACCAUUUUAUAGGAUCGCACGAUUUUCGCAACUUUUGUAAGCUGGAUCCUUCCAAAAACAUUACCAAUUACCACCGAACAAUUCUAUCACUAGAUAUACAACCCGUACUUGGACUAGAUACAUCUGGUGUGGGGCUAAAUACUGAGUUCUAUGAGGUCAAGUUGAAAGGGACUGCAUUCCUAUGGCACCAGGUCCGAUGCAUGAUGUCUAUCUUGUUCUUGGUAGGCCAGGGAUUAGAAUCGCCCGAGAUCGUCAAGAAACUCAUGGAUGUCGAGACUAUUCAAGCAAGGCCGGACUAUCCUAUGGCUAGUGAUCUCCCAUUACUACUGUAUGAUUGUGAAUUCGAAAAUAUUGAUUGG